AUGAAUAUUGAAAAGUGCUAUGAACAGUCAUGUAAGAACAGAGAUAAAAAGAAUGAAUCUAAUGUAAAUGGUUUAUAUGAAAAUAAGAAGAAACAAAUAUAUCCACCUGAUAGAGAUGAAAUUGGUAGAGCAUCCUGGUUGAUUUUACACACAAUAUCUGCUAACUAUCCAGAUAAUCCAUCAGAAAAUGAUAAAAUAAAACAUACGAAAUUUUUUUAUGCUUUUUCAAAUUUAUAUCCUUGUCAUAUUUGUAAAUUAGAUUUAUUAAAUAUUUUAAAAAAAUAUCAUUUAAAUUGUAACAAUAAAAUUAAGUUUUCAACUUUUAUUUUUAAUUUACAUAACAUUAUCAAUCAAGAAAUUGGCAAGGACCUCUAUCCAUGUCAAGAUAUACAAACCAUAAUUGACAAGUACAAAACGGUCGAUUAG